GACUUAGGGGCCGAGGGACGGUGUUCUGGCCCCGCCUCUCCCCUCUCCCCGCUGUCGCCCUCCCCCAGGGUUUUGGCCACGCGCAGCGGCGGCGGUUGUUCCGCUUCCCCUCCAGUCCGGGCCGUCGCCAUUGCCGAAGGCUUUGCCCUCCCCUCCCGGUGCCCGCGGGGCUCGGCUGCCGCUCGGCCUACCGGUAGCAGCGGCCGCGCUCCUGCGCGCCUCCUCUUCCUACCCCGCUUCCCCUUCCCUCCCCUCCCCCGCGUGCCGCGCGCCUGCCCGGGGCGUCUCCACAUCCCGCCGGGAGCUCGGACGGAGGCACCUCGCUGGGGCGGGGACCGCUCCUCGCCUAGGGCCAUAUCAUAAUUUUGAAUCAUGUCUGAUAACGGAGAACUGGAAGACAAGCCUCCAGCACCACCUGUGCGAAUGAGCAGUACAAUAUUUAGCACUGGAGGCAAAGACCCUUUGUCAGCCAAUCACAGUCUGAAACCUUUGCCCUCUGUUCCAGAGGAAAAAAAGCCCAGGAAUAAAAUCAUCUCUAUAUUCUCAGGCACAGAAAAAGGAAGUAAAAAGAAAGAGAAGGAACGACCAGAAAUUUCUCCUCCAUCUGAUUUUGAACACACCAUCCAUGUUGGCUUUGAUGCUGUUACUGGAGAAUUCACUGGCAUGCCAGAACAGUGGGCUCGAUUAUUACAGACCUCCAAUAUCACCAAACUAGAGCAAAAGAAGAAUCCUCAGGCUGUGCUGGAUGUCUUAAAGUUCUAUGACUCCAAUACAGUGAAGCAGAAAUACCUGAGCUUUACUCCUUCUGAAAAAGAUGGAUUCCCUUCUGGAACACCAGCACUAAAUACCAAGGGAUCAGAAACAUCAGCAACAGUAACAGAGGAAGAUGAUGACGAUGAGGAAGCCGCUCCUCCUGUUAUUGCCCCACGACCGGAUCAUACAAAAUCAAUUUAUACACGGUCUGUAAUUGACCCUAUUCCUGCAGCAGUUGGUGAUUCUAAUGUUGAUAGUGGUGCCAAAUCUUCUGACAAACAGAAAAAGAAGACCAAAAUGACGGAUGAAGAGAUUAUGGAAAAAUUAAGAACUAUUGUGAGCAUAGGUGACCCUAAGAAAAAAUACACAAGAUAUGAAAAAAUUGGACAAGGGGCCUCUGGUACAGUUUUCACUGCUACUGAUGUGGCACUGGGACAGGAGGUUGCUAUCAAACAGAUUAAUUUACAGAAACAGCCAAAGAAGGAAUUGAUCAUUAAUGAGAUACUGGUGAUGAAAGAAUUAAAGAAUCCUAACAUAGUUAACUUCUUGGACAGUUACCUGAUGGGAGAUGAAUUGUUUGUGGUGAUGGAGUACCUUGCUGGGGGGUCACUGACUGAUGUUGUAACAGAAACCUGCAUGGAUGAAGCCCAGAUAGCUGCUGUAUGCAGAGAGUGUUUACAGGCAUUGGAGUUUUUACAUGCUAAUCAAGUGAUUCACAGAGACAUCAAAAGUGACAAUGUGCUUUUGGGAAUGGAAGGAUCAGUUAAACUUACUGACUUUGGUUUUUGUGCCCAGAUCACCCCUGAGCAGAGCAAGCGAAGUACCAUGGUUGGAACACCAUACUGGAUGGCACCAGAGGUGGUUACACGGAAAGCUUACGGCCCUAAAGUAGACAUAUGGUCUCUGGGUAUCAUGGCUAUCGAGAUGGUAGAAGGAGAGCCCCCAUACCUCAAUGAAAAUCCCUUGAGGGCCUUGUACCUGAUAGCAACUAAUGGAACCCCAGAACUUCAGAAUCCAGAAAAACUUACCCCAAUAUUUCGGGAUUUCUUAAAUCGAUGUUUGGAGAUGGAUGUGGAGAAAAGGGGUUCAGCCAAAGAAUUGCUACAGCAUCCCUUCCUGAAACUGGCCAAACCCUUAUCGAGCUUGACCCCACUGAUCAUGGCAGCUAAAGAAGCAAUGAAGAGUAACCGUUAACAUCAUUGCCAUGGCCUCGUUUCUUUUCCGUUUUCUAAAUGAAAUCUUUUAAUAUAUGAAAAUUAUUAUUACUCUUCUUGGAUUUAAAGAAAUGGUCUGCAUAACAUUGAGGGAAAAAGCAAGUUACUACUUCCUGAAGACAACCAAGAGAAAAUUGGAAAACAGAAUGACAAUUUUUUAUUGAAUCCCUUUGUUAGGGUCCAAAAAGAAAUUGUGGACUGAAUCACUAGCCUUAACCUCUUUCAGCAGAUGGCCCAUCGGGCUAUUUAUCAUGCUUGAGAUUUGUAUUUUAUUUUGCUGACUUAAUGGCGAUAGAACCCACUCGUUGCCCCCUUUUGGGGGUAUUUCCAGUACUUGAAUGGCAAAUUCAAGUUUUGCAGAGUGUGUUUCAUCCGCUAGUCUUCCUUCCUCUUCUCCUCAUAGCUUUCUUUUUCCUUGACUUGCCCCUUUUGAGUUGCUUAGAGAAAUUUUUCUUAGGCCUAAAAUCAAAGCAAGUGUGAUAGAUACUGUUAUAGCUCCUUAUAUUGGCAAAGGAGCUGAAUAUAGUUUAACUUUGUAUAGAAGUUAGGACCAGCUGUUGUUAGAUGUAAUAGUUCAGAAUUUGAACUGAAGGAAGGGAAGAAAAGUAUGUGAUUUUUUACCUUUUCUAACAAAUGUGAAAGUCAGUUUUAGAAAUGUCAUGGUAGUGAGUUGUUUGGCAUUUGUUACCUGUAUAGAGAAAAGACUAAUAAUCUAUAUUUAUAACUAAAUCAUUGAGGCAGAAAAAGAAUGCCAUUGAUUCUGCAUCCUUACAGUUUUGUUUUCCUUUCUGUUUCCUCCUCAGAUUUGGCUUCAGGAACCAAAGCAAUUAGUUCUUGUUCCAACUUGGGCUUGAUCACUUGGGUUGGUGCCGCUGCAUUCCCCUGACCUUUUUCCCCUUCAUUUUGGAAAUGUUUUUGUAUAUGUUGUAAUUUUAGUUUGUUUGUUUUUUAAUUAACCUCUCACCCUAUUCCUUCCCACUGGUAAGUAAUAUAAUAACCACUGAAUUUUCAGAAUUUAAAAGUUAACUCUUUUUUCAUCUAAAGGAGAAAAUAUUUGAGCUAGCAGAGACAAAAUAACAGAAUUGAACCUUGGUGAGCCCUAAAAUAGUUAGAUGAGGUUAUAUUCAUGAAAGAGAAAUGUCAGUCAGUUUAUAUAUAAAGAUGUACCUUCUGACAGUAAACUGUUGAGAUUUGUUAUAAAAUUGCUCCCAACCCAGUACCAACAUUUUGCUGUCAAUGAGAACAUUAGUGACAAGAGAACUUCUUAAUAAAUUCGUGGAUCAUUUGAAAUGUUGAGUUACUUCAGAUUUUCUUCAAAUAAGCAAAUAAUACUCAUCUAAAAAACUGGAGAAAGAAAAAUGAAAUGUGCUUGUUGAUAGCAAUACUUUUUUUUUAUUUAAAAAAAUUUUAAAAAGGUCUGUGACCUGUAGCAUUAAUUAUUAGAUUGCCUUCUCUUCUCCCUUCCCCUUCUCAUUUCUCUUCUCUCCUUUUUAAAUUAAAAAAGAAAAUUCUUUUUUUGUUUUGCUUUUGGAGGCAGUAUUGUCCCUUCCUUACAUGCCAAGAGCCACAUGAAAGAGAAAAAUGUGUGGUUUAGUUCUAGCAUUUUGUUCCUACUCUCCACUCUUAACUUCACACCUAUGUGCCAUCCUGCAAUAAUACAAAUCAUGAAUAAAAGUAAUCUUGAUGUUUUGGAGUACCUUAGGGGAAUUAGUAGAAUUUUAUUUCCUAUCAUUCCCAUCAUAUCUGUUAAGAUAAAACAUUAGAAAUGACUGUUUAUUGAUGACACAGAAAGGUUUUCACAAAAAUGAGUAAAGUAAUUGAUGAAACAUCUACAGCACUUAAUAGUUUUCACUUUGAUUCCUGAUUGCAUUUUCCUGUGGUUUCCAUUGGCCUUCUAUACCUAUUAUAAAUAACAAGAACAAGCUGGUUUCUUUCUGUUGGAAAGCUGCAUAUAGUGUCUCUUGAGUUCCAGAUUUGAACAUUCUUUGUAAAUAGUUGGAUGGAUUUUGAUAAAGAUGUCACCAAUGAAAUAGAAAACCAACUAGAUGGUAAGACUGAUUAUCACGACCUCGUAAAAGGCACUUCCAUACAUAAGCCAUAGAGAUGCAUUGAAUACAGUGCCAAUGCCCUGUUUUUAUGCCUUUGACUUAAAAAGGUCUUUUCAGUUUAUAGAAGCAGUUUGGGAUUUGUACAACUUCUUUCAUGGUUACCUGCACGUCCAUUGCUGGCAACGGACUUAGUCGUUAUAACCUGACUCCUAGGUUAAGGGAGCUACACUGUGGUUUGUUCUUUUCUUACUGGAUAAACUAACUUGUAAUAGAAAUAUACUUCAGUUAAUUCUGAAAUGUGUCGUUUUUAAACAAAAUAAUCUUAAAAGCAAUAUGAAAUUGUGAUUUGUUAAUUUUAAAUUAAAAUGUUCAUAUCUUGUUGAAAAAAAUUCUAUCAAGAUUCAUAUUUUUUUAAUAACUGCCUUUUGCAUUCACCCUUUUUGUCGUCACUUUACAAUGAAAACUCAUUUAAAUCUAAAAGCUACUUUAGUAGUCCUCCUGUGGUAUUAGAACAGUAUUACUGAAGUGCUUAUUUAUUGUAUUUCACACUCUGUUGAUCUUAAAGUUUCCUUUUCUUGUUCCAUUUGCUGCUUUUAGGGACAGUUAAAACUGGGGAAACUAUGAAAAUAAUGAUUAUGUUUUCCUGCCCGGAAUAGUAAAUGGGUAGAGUGGCAACCAAAGCCAAGGCUAACACAGCUCUGUCUUCGAGUGUUGAGUGCCUGGCACACAGUAUAAAUUCUCUUCCCUUCCACAUAUAAAUAUUAAGCUACUUAAAAUAUAUUUAGUUACCACCAGUCCUAAGCAAACCUGUGCCUUUAAUAAGCAGUUUAAAACUACCUAUGAGUAUUUCUUUGUAGGGCUCACAUAAAUACAUGUUUGUUUAUAUAUACUGUAUUCUAGCCAGAAUAAUUUUAGAUCUGAUCAGACAGCUAUAAAUGGGAACAAAUUGUUGCCUAAAGAAUUUGCAUCCAUUUUUUAAUCUAAAAGUUUUAAAAUAUACUGAGAUCCAUAUCCACUGAAAUGUCAAAAAAACAUUAUAGAAUAUAGCUAAAAUCCAGAUUAAUACUCACUUGGGUUUUUUUAAUAGCAGAAUUUCAUAGUAAUAUAAAAAGCAGAUAGCUUUCUUGUCUAUUGCUCUCACAAUUAAAAUCAGUUGUUCCAAUGUGUGUGUAUAUGUGUGUGUAUAAGAAGGGGGGCAGGGAACACACAGUUUUUUUCUCAUUGAAAACAUUUAUUGACCACUUUGGCAAAGACACUGUGAUAGAUACUGGCAUUACAAAAGGAGAAUCAAGCACUGGCCUGGCCUUGAGAGAACUGAAGUAUUUCCCAUUUACCAUUCUAGAAUAUAGUCAAAUGAACAGAAGAAAGAAACGUAUGAUAAUUCUGUCAAAUUUCAUUUCUGUAUUAAGAAAAGCAGAGAAGUAUAUUUGGAACUGAACAUCUUCGAUAGGAAUUUGUUACUUUUUUUCCCUUAUUUUGGUUGAUAGAGAUGGAAUUAAGUGAAAGUAGCUUGUCCUGUUUUGUCUUCAAAUUUUGUACUGACUGAUCUUUAAUUUAAUCCUAUCAAUUAUUUAAUUGUUACAUUGACAUUAACUGCUGUAUUUGAUGACUUUGUUCAAUAAUUGUGUUCUUUCAGGGCUAGAAAUAAACUUUUAUGUUUGUUUUCCUCC